AUGUCAUCUUUAGAAUCACAAGCGCUGAGUCGGAAAGAGCGGCUGGCUAAGCUGCGAAACAUUAAAAAGGGCACUGAAAAUGGAGCUUCAAAUUCAAAGGAAGAAUCUGAUGCUUUCGAGCCAUUGAAGCCCAUUGGUAAGAAUUAUAACGUAGAACUUCGUGGGCCUCAGUCUGGGUUUAAUGGGCCUCCAACAUUGCGGCUUGGAACGGACGAGACAGUAGAAGCUGUUUCAGCUGAAUUUGAGCGGGAGACUUUGGCGCGUCUUCGCGAGCGGGGUAUAUCAUCUACGGGACCUAGGGCAGAAACAGAAGAUGAAACUGGAUCGACUAAGACGGGACUUGAUUUAGAAAGCUUACAACCCAAACGGGCGAACUGGGACUUGAAGAGAGAUGUAGAGCCACAACUGAAGGUACUGGAGGCUCAGACUCAAAACGCAAUUGUGCAGAUUGUGAGAGAGCGACUGAAGGCUGAUGUGAAGGAGUAUGGAGAGAAGAAGCAGUCAGGGGGUUCUUGA